ACCAGUCAUGUUUUGACAAGAGGCUAGAAAGUACUACUGUGAUAGUUAAAUUGUCAGAGUGAACAAGAGAAGCACAUUUGCUGACACGUUUAAAUCUGCACCAGUAUCAAAGUUUUGACUCGGUGUAAUCUGUCACAGGAUUUCCAGGCUUCAUCUCCCUCACUGUGUUAGUGCGCCCGAGCCUUGAGCCUCUUCCCUGGGUAGUGUCUACACAGCACCAUGGCAGGUCGACCCAACGGGCCGGCUGCAGGGAACAAGAUCUGUCAGUUCAAACUGGUCUUACUGGGAGAGUCGGCCGUCGGCAAAUCCAGCCUGGUGCUGCGCUUUGUCAAGGGCCAGUUUCAUGAGUAUCAAGAGAGCACUAUUGGAGCUGCAUUCCUCACACAGACGGUGUGUUUGGAUGAUACGACAGUAAAGUUUGAGAUCUGGGACACAGCGGGUCAGGAGCGUUAUCACAGUCUAGCACCUAUGUACUACAGAGGAGCCCAGGCAGCAAUUAUAGUCUAUGACAUUACCAAUACAGAUACGUUCACGCGUGCGAAGAACUGGGUGAAGGAGUUGCAGCGACAGGCUAGCCCCAGCAUCGUCAUCGCUCUGUCGGGAAACAAGGCCGACCUCGCCAAUAAGAGAGCUGUGGAGUUCCAGGAGGCCCAGGCCUACGCUGAUGACAACAGCCUGCUGUUCAUGGAGACGUCUGCAAAGACUGCCAUGAACGUCAAUGAAAUCUUCAUGGCCAUCGCGAAGAAGCUGCCCAAGAGCGAGUCCCAGGCCGGGGGCGGGAGCAGCGGGCGGGGCAGGACAGGCGUGGACCUACAGGAAUCCGCCCCUCAAGCCUCCAGCGGGCGAUGCUGCGGUGGCAGCAAUUAACUCGUUAACCAAUCACAGAGAAGGGUCCAAAAUAUGACGGUGAAUCAAGACAUAGAUGGCCUAUGGGGAUGAAGGCAAUCACUCAUGAGAUUAUUACUGCAGAGAUCAUGUGGUUUAUUUUUUUUUUUUUUUGUUGUCGUUGUUGUUUGUUUUUUGCAUUUUGAUUUUUCCUCAAUCAUAAGCUAGAGGGAGUACUCCACUCACUCUCUCUUCUCUCUCUCUCUCUCUCUCUUUCUCUCCCUCCCUCUCUGUUUGAUCUUACUCUAUUUAAAUACUAACAUGAUUAUGUCUUAAACCUCUUUUAAAAGAACGAGAGAAUGAAUAGCCUAUAACCUUGUAUUUUUUUUUUCUGGUGGUGGGUGCAUGUAGCAAUUAUCAGUUUCAUUUCUUUUUUUUUUUUUUUAUACACUCAAAUAUUUUUGUUCUUUUUGCCAUACCAGUCCUCUUUAUCAGGACGAAACAGAGAUUCGACAGGGGAAAGCAGUCAAACUCAUACUUCCAGUUUUUGUCCAUUUUUGUAUAUGAGCACUAGUAUUGUUUUAAUGAGGGCUGUUGGGAGACGGGAGCCCUGGGGUUUUGAUGGAAGCCCAAGCGUGUCUCUGAUAAGUGUAGUUUACCCCAGUCUUGGGCUGCCAGCAUUACCACUUAACACAUCUGAAAGCAUUUUUAGCUUUAUGUUUUUUUUUUUCAUUCUGUAAGAUACUACGCCAACAAAAGAGUAAUAAAAAAAAAUUUAAAAAAAAAAAAAACCAGAAGGAGCACGAUGUUUUUGACCAAAGUUUCUGUUCUUCAGUUUUG